CUCCAUUCUGUACCUUUUCUGUGAUCCUGAAAUGGCGCUCGAGUUCUAUCGUCUAAAGUACUUCUCAAUUAUUAUUGUAAAGUGAUUUGUGUUGAAUUUGCUUGUUAAUGUUUGUAUUUGUAAAGUAAAACUUGUGAGAUUUUCUUGUGUAAUGAAUUUGGAGAAUAAGUAAGUGAUAUAUAUGUUAUAAGAUGUCUCGUAGGCAUUUGAGAAACAAAAAAACCGACGCAGCUAGCACAAAAAUUCCGGCUUAUUUUGAUGAUUUAUCAACAUUUACAUUACAAAAAGUAUUGUCCAAGGAUUCUGUAAAGAAAACAAUAGUUGUCAAAGGAAAUUUUACUGACAGAAAGGGUACAGCAAUUUUGAUAUUUGAGAGGACACCGCUCACCGAUGAAGCAGUUCAAUCCAUUUGUACAGCAGGAUCAUGUCUUGAAAGAAAAUUUCUCGAAGACCAAGGAUUUUACAUUUGCUAUCCUGAACUUAAACAUGGAGGUAUAAACACUACAGUAAUAUUCCCAGCUACUGAUGAAGAUGUUCAAAAAUAUGAGACUCUACCUCUUCAUAUAAUUGAAGAGACACCCAAUCAGUACAAUAAUAUAACAUUGCCUUUUAUUUCCACCAAAUCAUCCAGUAUCAAGUGGGUACGCGACAUAUUGAAUCAUAAAUCAGAUCAAGACAGAAUUAUUUUCGAGGAUACGAAUCCCGAUGUUGGUUUUGUUCUACUAACUGAUUCAAAAUGGAACCAAAAAGAAAUUUUAAACUUGUGUCUUGUAGCCAUUAUCCAUCGUCAAAACAUAAAAUCUUUACGCGAUCUUACUGCAGAGCAUCUUCUACUCUUGAAAAACAUCAGAGAAAAAGCAACAAGAGCGAUCAAUAAAAAAUACAAGGUUGAAGAAUCAAAACUGAUGAUAUACAUAGACUACCAACCUUCCUAUCAUCACUUGCAUAUAAAUUUCAAAUAUCUUGAAGCUGAUGUCCCAGGUACUCAAGCAGAGAAAUCUCACCUGCUCAAUACAGUCAUCAAUAACAUUGAAAUGGUGGCUGAUUAUUAUCAGAGAUGCACAUUAUCUUUUGUCGUGAAAGAAAAUGAUGAACUGUUCAGUCUUUUCAAGCAACAACCAAAAGUUGAUGCGGUUGAUAACAAGGAAGAUGAUCUGGAAUUGGCUUGUAAUUUGGAAAGAACUGGACUUGAAUCCGAUAUUACUGAACAGAGCAGUAGCAUUUUUGAAUCGUCAACCCUCAACAAUUCCGAUUCAAUUAUCGACUGCAGCGUUGAUGAAUCUACUAAGAAUAAAUCAUUAUUCAAUCCAUUAUCCUUGAACAGAACAAAGAAUUUGGGAGUUGGUAAUAACUCUGUAAAACCAAAAGAUAUUAACAAUCAUGAUGAUAAUGAAAGUGAAAAUUUGUUAGGUACCAGAAAGAGUAGAAAAAGUCUUAGUACCAAGAACUGUCCAAAGAAAGGAACAAACAGCGCCGAUACAGAAGAAAAUGAUUAUGACAGUACAAAAGAAAACAAACUUGAGUGUAAAAAAAGAGAUGACGGGAAGAGGAAGAUGAAAAUUGAUAACAGCUUGAAAGAAGAUGAUGAUGAUGCUGGAAACGCUGUUCGCAUUAAGACUAAGAAAAGUAUUAGGAUAGAAGAUGAUGAAGAUAAUGCUGAAAGCACUAAUGAUAUAAAGACUGAGAAAAGAAUCAAGAUUGAGAGAGAAGAAAAUGCAAAUAAUAAAUCCAACUGUGAGGACGCUACUGAUGAUAAUGACAACAGUGAUGCUUCUGUUAAUAUCAAGAAAGAAAAUAGCUCUGAAAGUGAAGGUGACAAAAUUCCUGAUAACAAUGUUGAUAAUUCUAAAGAUGAGGAUUCUGAUGAUAUUUUCUCGAUCGACAGGAGUUUCUUGAAGAAAGGAGAUAAAUCGCACAAAGAAAGGGAAUUGGAAGCUGAAGAAUAUGAAAAGACAAAGAAAGAUGAAAACAUUGGUAAGAAGGAAAAACAUAAAAAGAAAACGAAAAAGGAAGAACUAGAUGAAGAAAAUGGUAAACAAGAUAAAAUAAGAAACAGGGAAAAGAAAAUGAAAGAGGAAGUAUUGGAAGAAGAUGAAAAGCAGAAUAAAAGAAAAAGCAGAGAUAAGAAAACUAAGAAUGAAAAUACGGAAGAAAAUAAAAAGCCAGAUAAAAAAAGGAGCCGGGGCAAAAUGAAGAAAGAAGUAUCCGAAGAUGAUGAGGAAGAUGAAGAAAAGGAAACAAAUGUGGAGAAUGAAACUGAGGACGAUAAACCAGAAGUGAAUGAGAACCCAGAAGAAGAACCGAAUAAUGAAAAUGAGAAACAACGUAAGAAAAGGAAUAAACUUGAGAAAAGUGAAGAAGUAUCUGAAAAAGAUAAAAAAUACAAUGAUAGUAAAAUUAAGAGCGAAGAAACAGAAGAAAGUGAGAAGGAUGGUGAAACUCCAAGUAAAAGGCAAAGAAAAGAAGAAAUUAAAGAGGAGAAUGGAGCAAGCGGAGAAAGCUCUGAAAGUGAAGUGGAAAUCACCAAGAAGAAAAAACAAGGACUUUCAAAGAAGAAGAAAAAUAUUGUUCUAAGUGAUUCAGAUGAAGAUUAUAAGGUAGCAUCUGAAUCUCCGGAAGAGAAGAGCUCGGAUUCAGAUGCAAAGGCAACUAAACGCAAAAAGUCGGCUUCAAGCUCUGUCGUCAGCUCAGAUGAAGACUCCAACAAAAAGACAAAGAAGAAGAGGAAACGUAUCAUCAACCGAGGAGAUUCUUCAAGUGACAAUGCUGAAAAAGAGGAUGAAGCAAAUUUGAGCCAGAACAAAGGAAGAAGGAACAUCAAGAGAAUAAUUAAAGAUAAAGAUGUUGCUGAAACAACCAGAUCCGCAGCUAAGGAUGAAGAAGAAAGAAAACAGCGGAUUCUAGAUCGUCAAAAAGCAUACAAUGAAAUGUUCAAACUCAUAGAAGAAAACACCAGCAAGAAAAUCGAAAAGCUUGUAUUGGAUUUUGAUCCUAAAACCAAGGAGGAGCUUAUUUCUGUUGAUAAGGGUUUGGUGGCCAAAAUGAAACCACAUCAGGCUAAUGGUGUAAAAUUUAUGUGGGACGCUUGCUUUGAAUCUGUAGAAAGAAUAAACGAUGGUGAAGGUUGUGGCUGCAUUCUCGCCCAUUGCAUGGGUCUCGGUAAAACAUUCCAGGUUAUAUCACUCGUUCAUACCGUACUUUCCCACCAAGAUCUAACCAAAGUUCGCACAGUUCUUGUUGUAUGCCCAUUUUCAACGGUGCUGAACUGGUACGGAGAAUUCGAGAAAUGGAUGAAGGAAGUCGAGGAAAACGACGAUUUGAAUGUUUGUCAUCUGUCAAAUGAAAAAGUUAAUGUGAAGAGAGCUUACCGAUUGAAGGAUUGGCAUGAUGAUGGAGGAGUGAUGAUCAUUGGCUACGACAUGUAUCGUAACUUGACAAACGAAACCAGCAAGGCUAUCAAGAAGAAAAUGAGAGAAGUUUUUCAAAGAACGUUGGUCGAUCCUGGUCCAGAUCUCAUAGUGUGUGAUGAGGGACACAUGUUGAAAAAUGAAGCCACUGCAUUGUCCAAAGCAAUGAACAGAAUCAAAACUUUGAGACGAAUUGUGCUCACUGGAACACCUCUCCAAAAUAACCUUUCAGAGUAUCACUGCAUGGUUAACUUUGUGAAGCCCAACCUUCUGGGUAGUAAAAAGGAGUUCACGAACCGAUUUGUUAAUCCAAUAACAAACGGACAAUUCGCAGAUUCAACUGAGAGAGAUUUCAAAAUAAUGAAGAGGCGAGCUCACGUGCUACACAAGAUGCUGGACGGACUUGUGCAGCGCCGUGACUACAAUGUUCUGACUCCAUACCUUCCACCGAAACAAGAGUAUGUUCUCUCAAUACGACUGACUGAGUUGCAAGUGAAACUUUACCGGGAGUUUUUGGACACCAAAGUGAACAUCAACAAAGGAUUUAGAGUCACCCUUUUUGCCGAUUUUCAACAACUCAGUCGAAUUUGGACCCACCCUCUCGCCUUGAAAUACAGUUUGGAAAGGCAGAUUAAGAAAGAGGCAAUGAAUGAUUCAGGCUCAGACAGUGCCGGUUCGUUGAAAGACUUUGUAAUCGACAGUGAGGAAGAUGAUUCCACUCCCGCCUCAUCAUCUUCUGAAUCGGACGACUCAUCCAAAAAAACCUCGUCCAAAGCAGCCAAUAAGACUGGCCGAAUGACAAGAGCCAAUGCCAGAAAUGGUAAUGCUGAUCUUGAAACGAUGAAAGAUGAUCCUGAGGUUGUGGCAAACUCUGCUCCAGAGCAAUCAGCCUGGUGGAAUAGUAUUGUCAAGCCCGAGCACUUGGAGGAUAUUUGCGUCAGUUCUAAACUUGUUCUUCUCUUCGAUUUCCUCAAAGAAUGCGAACUAAUUGGAGACAAAGUACUGGUGUUCAGCCAAUCGUUGUACUCGCUGGACCUGAUAGAGCACUUUCUGGAUAGGAUAGAUGAGGCGACGCAAAACAACUGCGAGGAGUCGUUUUUGAUGGGCCACAUGAGCUCUUGGGCUAAAGGCUUGGAUUAUUUCCGUUUGGACGGAAGCACUUCUGGAGAGAAUCGUUCGGCCUGGAUUCAAAGCUUCAACAGAGAGUCAAACACAAGAGCAAGACUGUUCUUAAUCUCAACACGAGCUGGUGGCUUGGGAAUCAACUUGACUGCUGCGAACCGUGUCAUCAUAUUUGAUGCAUCAUGGAAUCCUUCUCAUGACAUUCAGAGUAUAUUCCGGGUUUAUCGAUUUGGUCAGAGAAAGCCAUGUUAUAUCUACAGAUUCAUUGCACAGGGAACAAUGGAGGAAAAAGUAUACGAACGGCAAAUCGCAAAAUUGUCCCUUUCACAGCGGGUAGUUGAUGAGCAACAAGUCAACAGGUAUUUCUCACAGAACGAUCUUCAAGAGUUGUACAACUUCACUCCGGCUGAUCCUAAAGAUGCACCAAUUCCUACUGUUCCUAAGGAUCGCCUCAUGGCCGACAUGCUCCACUCUCACAAAGAAUGGAUUUUCAAAAUAUUUGAGCAUGACUCACUGUUAGAUCAUGUUGAAGAAGAAGAAUUGGAUGAAGAAGAAAGAAAAGCUGCUUGGGAAGACUACGAAAAUGAGAAGAAGCGAGGCUUUGCCAUCAAUACGGCUCCUAGCAUCCAGAACAUGCAGAUGGGCAAUCCUUUCAUGCAAGCUGGAUUGCCUACGUAUGAAAAUGUUCGUCAGAUGCUGUUAGCACAAAAUCCCCAAAUUCCAAAAGAGGACCUGCAUAAGCUUGUGACUAACAUGUUGUAUCAAAUGUACGUGAGUCAGCAGCAGAAGGAUAUACUAUUUAGGCAGCAACUGCAGCAGCAGCAGUAUGCUGCUCAGUCGAUGGGAAAUCAGCAACCGCUGCCAUAUCAAGUGGUAAGGAACACCUUCAACCUGCCGGUUCAACAGCAGGCGAGAAGUCAAGCAUCCACUGGAACGGCUCCAAUGUUGCCAAACGCCAGUCAGCCUCAGCCAUCCACAUCCACAUCCACUAACGCCAUGAAGAAAUAAAACACCAACUACUUCUACUGCGGAAUCAAUGCUCCCUUUUCAUGGAGAUCGACUUUUUUGAAAUGAUCAGAAUGUAUUAUUAAUUUUAUUUCAUAACUGAAGCUGAGUCUUCCUCAUCUUGUUUUUCCAAUCGGGAGUUGUACGCCAGAGCCCUUACACAUUCAAAUAGAAACCAGUAGUUGUUCUAGAUCAUAAGGAAUUUGUACUGUUAUUUCUAUUUAUGUAGAUAUAAUUCGUUUCUAAUGAAUGUGGUAAUCUGGAACCAAUACAUUUUGUGUAAUCACAAAUGAUCAAGAACAACUUGAAUCCUCUCAUUCUGUUUGAGAGACAUUUUAUUACUAUAAGUUUUAUAAUAAUUGUAUUAUAAAAAAACUAAAAGAGCAAUCUGGUAAUUUUUUCAUUAUUUUUAUAAUUAGAUUUCUAUUUAGACUUAUUUGCAUUUGAGUUUUCUCUUACUGGAUUACGGCCUUUUUCAAUGAUAAUCCAGCUUCCUAAUUGAAUUGAACUCCAUCUUGCAUUGUUAGUUUGUAAUCAAGUCGGAAGUUUUGUUCUCUAGGUUCAUAAAUAUUCUAAUAAUUCCAACUGAAAUCUCUCGCUUGAUUUACUUAAUUUUCUCAUCCAAUAUUGUAAUUUAUUUGAAAUAAUUUAUAAGGAAAACAAUUAAAUUGGAAAGUAGUAUUAGGAGUUUUCCUAUUUAUGCCUACUGAACUAUUUUCUCAACAACCAUGUCGAAUCAUGUUUAUACACAAAUUUUUGAUACAGGUAUGUGUAUGUCAAGCAUUAUAAAAUAGCUACAGUACUUGCUGAUAUUGCUUGUCUAAAUACUUUCAAAUCGUUACAAGCUAUCAAUUAUUGAUAGUACUAUAAAACAAUAAAAUUUAAUCAUGAACGUUCAGGUGUUGAAUAGAGUUUUAAAGAGUUCUAUGAUUGCUCUCAAAUUAAUUCACGAAUCUAUCUGUAUCAAUAUACUUAAUACUGAAUUUGGGUUAUGGUUUAUUAGAUUCCUUAAAAAAUCUUACUCAUGUAAUUUUAUUGAAUGUAAUGAUUACUCCUAUAUAGUUGUAAUGCGAAGCCCAAUAAUUAUUAUAUCCUAAAUAAGCCAAUAAUUUUUGUUUCAAUGUCCAAAUAUUUAAUACGGUAUAUGCUCCAAGUUCUAUGAAGAUCAGAAAACUAUAAAUGUCUUAGCUGUUUAUUUAUAAAGGUUUAUAAAAUAUGUUCUGAUACAGUUAAAUUUCCCAAACAAAUUCAUAAGGAAAGAUCAGAAAUAUGUCAAAGAAUUGAGUCAUUGAUUUUAUUCUCAUCAGCAGAAUGAUUCAACAUUAUUAUUCAUCACUAUUAUUCAUCACUAUAUUAUAGUACUUUGAUAGUUUUAUAUUUAAUUUAAAGCUUUGUUCUUUAAUCGUGAUAAUUCAACUUACGGUGUUCGCAAAGUCAUACACAUUUUAUCUUUGGAAUAGGUUUCGAGUUGUAUUCAAUAUUGUUUUGCAGAGGAAAUGCAGUAUUUGGCAACAUGUAAACUGUGAUAUUAGUGAGUAGAUCAUUUAAGAAAAUUUAAAAAAAAACGUACCUGUAAGUAAGAAGCACUUUUCCAACUCUCUCUUUUCAUAUUCUUUGUGGGGGCUUACAUUAUGGUGAUAGUUGUAAAUUUCUGAAUAUUUGAUGAGCCGUCAAUAAUUUAAUUAUAAGCUAUAUAUUAUGUGAGUGAGUGUGUGAAAAUUUGUCUAUGUUCAUGUUAUUCGUAACUAUUAAAUGUGUUAGAUUUGUUCAAUCGCAUUUAACUCAGCUAAUAAAAUCCUUCUUAAGAAACUUGACAUUGAUGUUACUUUAAAACUGAUUUGAUGUUGUGAUCAACCACAUUGUAUUCUCACUUACUUUUACUGCAUAUUAGUCCCACAUUAUGUAGAUUGCCGUUAUAACAAAUAAGAAUAUUAAACUUUUGAGAUUUAUGAGAAUCUUGAGCUUAUCCUCCAACUUCUUCAUAUUUUAAUUAAAUAUCAACAAUGCAUAUGAGAAUAUUGAGAAAAUCAUGAAUUUCAUAAUAAAAUGUGUGAAUUAGC